ACAUGUAUUAAAAUAUCAAAAUAUGAUGAUUCUGUAAAAACAUCAGUAUCAACGGAGAGAGAAACGGCAAUGGCGAGCAGCACGACCAGAGGAGAGGACGAAGCGAAACAAUUGGCAGCUGAGCUAGGCAAAACCCUAAAAGAAGGGGAAAGACUACUCGCACCAACAAGACGACCUGACGGAACACUCCGUAAACCUAUUCGAAUUAGGGCUGGUUAUGUGCCUCAAGAUGAAGUCGCCAUUUACAAAUCUAAAGGCGCUAUUUGGAAGAAGGAAAUGGAGUCACUGCAGGAUGUUCCGCCGGGUUAUGAUCCUGUGAUGGAUGAAAAGCCCAAGUCUAAAGCUGCCAAGCGGAAUGAAAGGAAGAAGGAGAAGCGUCAACAGGCUGCCCUUGAAAAGGGUAAGAAUCCAGAGAACGAUGAGGUCUCAUCUGCUGAAAAUUCAGUUGAUGGUCCAGAUCAGGUCCAGUCAGUUAUGUCCCAGAUAAACAGUCUUGCCAUAUCUGCAAAUCCUGUUGUCCCUCCUUCAAAUUCAACCGAGUCUUCUGGCAUGGGAGAUAGUCUGCAGGACAUUGACAAAAAGAUCCGAGCUCUGAAGAAAAAGAUUCGGCUGACAGAAGCUCAACAGCAGAAGACUGAUGAGAAGGACAUGAAGCCAGAGCAGCUGGAGAAAAUGGCCAAGCUGGAAAGCUGGAGAAAAGAGUUGAAACUCUUGGAAGAUAAAAAGGCUGAAUUGGAAGCAUCUUGAAUUUUAGGCUGAAGAAGCACUUAGUUUGAAUCUACGGUAGCCUGGUGGCGUUUUAUUGCUGCAUCAAUAUAUUCAACACACUCGGAUUUGGUUGAUGGAAUUGUGUGUAUUUUUGUACUUUCUGCAAUAGCUAGGGCGAAGCAAUGUAGGAUCUAAUUUAUGGUAUUUUUCAGAUAGUACUCCAAUUUUUGAGGACAUAGCUGCUGCUUGAUCUGAUUUGUCCUUUAUUUCUAGAUACAUUGAAACUAGCAGUUGAAAUACCAUUUAUUUACACUAAUUGGCUUGUGGCAUGAAUGCUUUAUGAAUGUUAUUUGGACAGAAAUUCUGAA